CACACACGCACACGCACACACACACGCGCGCGCUCACAGCGAAUGUCUGCGCUCUCGCGCUCAUCCACAUCCUCGGAUCUGAUCGGACGCGAGUGUUUCUCACGGUGGAUGAUAAUGCUGUCGCUACGGUGACUCCAUCCGCUCUGUGAUUGGCUGCUUCUGCGCGCGUCGUCAUGGCGAAGAGUCCAGAGGUGAAGCUGGCCGUGUUUGGCCGAGCAGGAGUGGGAAAGUCAGCUCUGGUGGUUCGGUUCCUGACCAAACGCUUCAUCUGGGAGUACGACCCUACACUUGAGUCCACCUACCGGCAUCAGGCCAGCAUCGAUGACGAGACGGUCAGCAUGGAGAUCCUGGACACGGCCGGUCAGGAGGACGCGCUCCAGAAGGAGGGUCACAUGCGCUGGGGUGACGGGUUUAUCCUGGUGUAUGACAUCACGGACCGCGGGAGCUUCGAGGACGUGGCUCCUCUCAAGGGCCUCCUGGACGAGGUGAAGCGGCCCAAACACGUGCCGCUGGUUCUGCUGGGGAACAAGGCGGAUCUGGAGCACGCCCGGCAGGUGGCCACGGAGGAGGGCGAGCGGCUGGCGGCCGACAUGGCCUGUGCGUUCUACGAGUGCUCGGCGUGCUCGGAUCAGGCGGGGACCGGCGGAGGCGUGGCGGAGGCCUUCCACGAGCUCUGCAGAGAGAUCCGGCGCCGGCGAGCCGUUCAGGGCAAGACCCGCCGCCGGAGCUCCACCACACACGUCAAACAGGCCAUCAACAAGAUGCUGACCAAGAUCAGCAGCUAGAGCUUCUCUGGAUCUGUACGUCAGAGAUCGGGAGGAGUGCGUUUCUUCACCAGAUCUGGAGAAGCGUGUCUCGGUAAUGGAAGUGAAUGGGUGCCGUCAGAAUGAGAGUCUGAUAAAAACAUCAGUCAACAUCUGGAGAAGAUCAAACUAAUCCACAUUUAAGAUUUUAACUCAAAUAGGAGUCUAACUAAAAAAAACGUAUUAUGGAUUUUAAUCAAAAGGUCUUAAUGCUGGAUGCUGCAUGAUUUAACAGAAGACCGCAGCGUCACACCUCAUCUAACGUUAACCCACGCAGCUGUACGUCAGUCCAAUAAACGCUUGUUAAUAUUGUGGAUAAUUGAUGUUAAUUAAGGGCCGCGUUUCUCCAGAGCUGAUGAAGAAGCACACUCAUCUUCAUCUCAGGCGGCUCAACAACGAGCACAUUUCCAUUUUUGGGGAAAGUAUUCCUUUAAAACGAGCGUCUGCCAGCAGGCCCAGAAAGAGAAACUCCUGGCAGAUAUUUGCGUAAUUUUGAUAGAUUUUUUUCAGGAAACAAGUCGCUUUGCUUCUGAAGAACAUUAUGCCCUGGAAAACAAGAAGUGUCCGUGUAUUAGUUCCUGCAGCUGAAGGAGGAUAUUCCGAGGCGUUAUCCCGCCGGAGAUCUGACUCUGACUUCAAACGAGGAUGGAAUGCGUCCUGAUGCUGAUCUCGUGUGUCACAGGCGCAGGAACCUGUUUGAACCUCGUGCAUAUGAAAAGAAAACAUCUGCCGGGUUGCUUUGGUCUCCUGGUUCGUCUGUAGUUGAUAUAAAACCCAAACAUCGGUGCGAGAACUAGCCGAGCCGUUAACCCUGCGGCUUCCAGCGGCGUGAUCAGAUCAUGAAACGGUUCAUUCUGUUCAUCUGCACGACUCAAUCAGCAGAACACCUAGCUAUCAGUCACUAGCGUAAUGUUGAUUUAUAAUAUCAGUGCUUGCUGUAAUUGAUGUUCAUGCAUAGAUGUUAAUGAAUACAGAAUGAAAUGUUCAAACGCAUGUCUUUAUAUUUACUUCGGUCACCUGAAACUAAAAAAUAUCUACAAAAAUCUUAUUUUUAUUUUAGCUAGUAGUUUGAGAUAACAAGGUAAAUACUUCAGGUGCUGAAAAAGGUGAAUGAACUAAUCAAUCAGAAAUAAUAAAAACUACACGUCCGUAUAAAAAAA